AGGCUUCUGGAGGGGUGGGCCCAGCCCAGUGUUGGUCCCCAGGGCUUCUGUCUGUGGGGGGGUCUGGCUUGGUUCCUUACUCGGUCCAUGCAAUUCAGUGUCCUUUCUCAUGGCUUUAAAAGUAAUGUGUGGGCUGGGCACGGUGGCUCACGCCUGUAAUCCCAGCACUUUGGGAGGCCGAAGUGGGCAGAUCAUCUGAGGUCAGGAGUUUGAGACCAGCCUGGCCAGCAUGGCGAAACCCCAUCUCUACUAAAAGUACAAAAACUAGCCAGGCGUGGUGGUGAGCGCCUGUAAUCCCAGCUACACAGGAGGCUGAGGCAGGAGAAUAGCUUGAACCUGUAAGGCGGAGGUUGCAGUGAGCCGAAAUCGCACCACUGCACUCCAGCCCGGGUGACAGAGCAAGACUCUGUCUCAAAAAAAAAAAAAAAAAGUGUGUUCUUUAUGUGGAACUUGUGAAAUACAGAAAAAAAAAUAUGCUAAGAAAUUAAAAUCAACCCCACACCCCCCCCAUCUCCUGUCCUCCUUGGAGGGCUCCUCUGUUCCUGGCGCCGCGUCUGCACCCUGGCUGUGUGGUGGCUGCAGCUGCUGGUUCCCUCGCGCGUGAUGUCAGAGGGCCCUUUACGUGACUCUGACUAUGAACCUGCCCCAGCCCUAGGCAUAGAGUGCUUGGGUGGCUCCCACUCUGCUGAGCACCAGUUUCUCCUCCUCUGUUCUGGGGUUCUGGUUUCAGCGACACCAGCAGUCUUGAGGUAUGGGGUUCCUUCCUGGGGCAGUGCGGGCCAUGCCUGCACCCAACCCUACACCUGGCAUAUGCUGACCUCUGCUGGCCCUGCACCUGGGAGAAGAUGCCAUGUGUCCCUGUGGCAGGAUGGUGGUCCGGGUGCUCACCUGGGUUUGAUGUGCAGUGGCCACCUAGCAAGGCUAAGAAGCCCUGCUUGCCCCCUCAGGGCAGGUGAGGCCACACCCCUGGGCUGAAUGUCUGUCAGUGAUCCUGGCCUCUUCCCCAGCCCGCCCCUGCUCUGCUGAGCUCCUCCAAGACUGCUCAGUUCCUGAGAAGGGGUUCUGUUGGGUCGGCUGGCCCAUUGAUGCCACCCAUAGCAGCUGUGCUGAUUCUGGGUAGGCAGGGGUCCAGGAGGCCCCCUUCUUGGGGCAGGCCACUUGUCUACCCGUUGCCCAACCUCCUGCCCUGUAUCUGGUCCAGGCACACUGGAAGGGGAGCAGGUUGCUCCUGUGUCCCCCAUCCCUGCCCUUAGGGCCUAUACAGGGUUCCCGACUUCACUGUUUGCUCCUCAGAUGUUACCAGACAGUAAGUGGCCCCAGCCCCCUCUCCGCAUGCAGUAAACGUUAGUUGCUGCCGGUGGGGUGGCUUCACCCAUGCACCAGGUGGGCAGGAGUUCUGGGUGACGUGUGGGGAGCUGGAGGCCUGAGAACCAGGGACCCCUCCCUCAGCCAGAUCGCCAAGGGUCUUGGGACCAGCAGGACAUUCACACAUCUCUCUAGGAGGGUCUGGGCAUGGAAGGAUGCCCAGUUGUGAAGGGCAUCCUCUCAGGAUGGGGCACAUACAGCAGGGCAGUUUCUCAGAGGCCCUCUUCCUUCAGGAAGCCUUCUUAGGAUUUUGUUGUUGUUUGUUUGUUUGAGACAGGGUCUCACUCUGUCACCCAGGCUGGAGUGCAGUGGUGCUACUUCAGCUCACUGUAGUCUCGACCUCCUGGGCUCAAGUGAUCAUCCCACCUCAGCCUCCUGAGUACCUGGGAUGACAGGUGCCCAUGGUUGACGCGAGCUGUGUCCCCAGCUGUUCCUGUCUACAAUGGCAUCAUCUUCCUCUUUGUCCUGGCCAACUUCAGCAUGGCCACUUUCAUGGACCCUGGUGUUUUCCCCCGAGCGGAUGAGGAUGAGGACAAGGAGGACGACUUCCGGGCCCCGCUGUACAAGAAUGUGGAUGUGCGAGGUAUCCAGGUCCGCAUGAAGUGGUGCGCCACGUGCCACUUCUACCGCCCGCCACGCUGCUCCCACUGCAGCGUCUGUGACAACUGUGUAGAGGACUUUGACCACCACUGCCCCUGGGUCAACAACUGCAUCGGGCGUCGAAACUAUCGCUACUUCUUCCUGUUCCUGCUGUCACUCAGUGCACACAUGGUGGGCGUUGUGGCCUUCGGCCUGGUCUACGUGCUGAACCAUGCUGAGGGGCUGGGAGCCGCGCACACCACCAUCACCAUGGCUGUCAUGUGUGUGGCCGGCCUCUUCUUCAUCCCUGUCAUUGGCCUCACUGGCUUCCAUGUGGUGCUGGUCACUCGGGGGCGCACCACCAACGAGCAGGUGACUGGGAAGUUCCGCGGGGGUGUGAACCCCUUCACCCGAGGCUGCUGUGGGAAUGUGGAGCACGUGCUGUGUAGCCCCCUGGCGCCCCGGUACGUGGUGGAGCCGCCCCGGCUGCCGCUCGCGGUGAAUUUGAAGCCGCCUUUCCUUAGGCCUGAACUCCUGGACCGAGCUGCACCACUCAAGGUCAAGCUUAGUGACAACGGGCUGAAGGCUGGCCUGGGCCGUAGCAAGUCCAAGGGCAGCCUGGACCGGCUGGAUGAGAAGCCACUGGACUUGGGGCCACCACUGCCCCCCAAGAUAGAGGCUGGCACGUUCAGCAGUGACCUGCAGACCCCGCGCCCAGGCAGUGCUGAGAGUGCCCUGUCGGUGCAGAGGACCAGCCCCCCGACGCCUGCCAUGUACAAGUUUAGGCCGGCUUUCCCCACGGGUCCCAAGGCGCCUUUCUGUGGACCAGGCGAGCAGGUUCCAGGCCCUGAUUCCCUGACCCUGGGGGACGACAGCAUCCGUAGCCUGGACUUUGUGUCCGAGCCGAGCCUGGACCUCCCUGACUAUGGGCCCGGGGGCCUGCAUGCAGCCUACCCGCCAUCCCCGCCGCUCAGCGCCUCUGAUGCCUUCUCGGGCGCUUUGCGCUCUCUGAGCCUCAAGGCCUCGAGCCGGCGGGGUGGGGACCAUGUGGCCCUGCAGCCCCUGCGCUCCGAGGGUGGGCCCCCCACGCCCCACCGUAGCAUCUUUGCCCCCCAUGCACUGCCCAACCGCAACGGCAGCCUGUCCUAUGACAGCCUGCUCAAUCCUGGCUCGCCUGGUGGCCACGCCUGCCCUGCCCACCCAGCAGUUGGCGUGGCCGGAUACCACUCACCCUACCUGCACCCUGGGGCAACGGGCGACCCACCACGGCCCCUGCCCCGCAGCUUCAGCCCCGUGCUGGGCCCCCGGCCCCGGGAGCCCUCGCCUGUGCGCUACGACAACCUGUCCAGGACCAUCAUGGCAUCCAUCCAGGAGCGCAAGGACAGGGAGGAGCGUGAGCGCCUGCUGCGCUCCCAGGCCGACUCACUCUUCGGCGACUCAGGCGUCUAUGACGCUCCCAGCUCCUACAGCCUGCAGCAGGCCAGUGUGCUGUCCGAGGGCCCCCGAGGUCCCGCGCUGCGCUAUGGCUCCAGAGACGACCUUGUGGCUGGGCCUGGCUUUGGUGGCGCCCGCAACCCUGCCCUGCAGACAUCACUGUCCUCGCUGUCCAGCUCCGUGAGCCGUGCACCGCGGACAUCGUCUUCCUCCCUGCAGGCUGAUCAGGCCAGCAGCAACGCCCCGGGGCCCCGGCCCAGCAGUGGCUCCCACAGGUCGCCCGCACGCCAGGGCCUGCCUUCCCCACCAGGCACUCCCCACUCACCGUCCUACGCAGGCCCCAAAGCUGUCGCCUUCAUCCACACGGACCUCCCAGAGCCACCGCCCUCGCUGACCGUGCAGAGGGGGCGGAUUGGCACCUGCACCCGUGGAUGGGGGCGGCGUGGCCAGCCUUGGGUGCCUCCUGGGCUGCACCUGUGCCACCUUGGCCGCCCGGAGGACCGCCCACCACUGCGGGCCCCCUGGAGCCCGGCCGCCGGGGCACCCCCACGCGGGGCCAUGUGCCGCCUGCACUUGGCUGCCUCCAGUCUUUUCCCCAGCCUCUCGGGGCCCUAGCAGGAUGACAAGUAGGCGGCUCUGGGGCCCGGGACAGCCCAGCUGGGGACCCAGGAGGUCAGACUGCCAUGGACCCUGGGGCAGGGCUGGGGGUGGGCUGGCCUCUCUGCUCCACCAGCCACAGCUUGACAGACUCCCAGCCUGCCAGGGCCUGAGACCCUGUGUCCACAUGACCUCAGGAAGUCCCCCACCUGCUGCAGGGGGUCCAGCACCCCACAGGGGGCAGCCCCAGAGCUGUGGGGACCGGCACGACCUUUGCCCAGCCUCCCUGUCCAACCAAGCACUUUAGACUAAGCCACUUCCUCCUCGGGGAGCCCAGGCCUCCGUGGGUUGGGCUGGGUGGGGGGGGUCUCAGGUUGCCCCCGAAGGUCUCUGCACUCCUCCUGCCCUUCCCCUGACACAUGAACAGAUGCCUUAACUUCCUGGAGCCGCCAGCCUGGUGAGCCAUUGGCCCCUGCCUGCCACCAAGGUCCUGUGGUCGUGGCCAGCUCCUCCUGGGCCCCACUGGGGCUGCCUGCACCCAGAGACGAUGCCGGCGGGAUCUCAGAGGGCCUGAGGCCCAAGCCGUGUGUCCUCCAGCAGUGGUACGGCCUGCAGCAGGGUGGGACUCCGGCCAGCCCUUCUCCGGCACAGGGUCCCUGUCCCUGGGUCCACCCUGGGCUGUGGCUCUACAUCUCCCAUUUGGGGACGAGAAAGCCACAAAACCAUUCUCUAUUGUUCUUAAGGGUACCCCUGCUAAUUAAUUCCCCAAAUAAAAUUUUUGGUGUUGAUCA